AUGCCUCGAGUGACCCGGCGCACACAGGCUGCGCCUGCUAUCGGCCAGUCUAUCGCGAGCUUUACUCGUGUAUCAAAAAUUCAUACUCCUACCGAUACUACCAAGAAAGCCAUCGUUGAAACCCAGUCAUCAACCACCAGAAAACGCAAAGCAGCCACAGACGAACAAGAUGCGCACCCGAGGACGAAACCUCGAACCGCUUCAUUCGCUCCUAGUAGCGAAGAUGAGCUUUCUACCCCAGCCAAAUACUCUUUCCGACGCCAGGAGCCAGUCAUUACCCCAUCCAUAAAAGCAACGCCAGUGUCAAAGGGCAAACGAGCAGCCAAGACAACUCCCUCAAGGACCAAAACUGCCCAUAAGCCCGUUGUCUCGACACCUCUCUCUGAAAACAAACGACAAGGAAAGACGGUGCAGACUAAGCUUGAUGGUGUAUUCAAGAAGCUAAGCAAACCCACGACGGACAAGGAUGCUCUACCUGCCCAUCUCGCUGAGCUCGUCGAUAUACACAGAGCAUUCGUCAAGACAAUCAUGAUUCAACUUGCCCACAACGGAAACAAUUCUCCAAUCGACAUACGCACCCUUGCUCCUCAUAUCUCACAGUCUUGGGGUAAACGCCAGGUCACCAUUGAGGAUAUUCGUCGAUGUAUUGCGAUUGAAAGCUCGACCAAGCACAACACUCACUCACCAUUCAUGAUUGCAGAUUAUGGCCGAGGGAAGAUUUGUAUCGAACGUUCUUCCGCUGGGAUGGCGCCAAUCAACGAAGAGCGGUUACUAAAGGAGUUUGAGAUCAACUUGCGAUCGUUGGGCACUGAACGUUCUGCUGACGAUAUGGAUGUUGACCUCCCACUUGACAAUCUUUCAUUGAAUGAACUCCCCAAGGUGGACAUCAAGAAUAUGGGCAACGGGAUCAAAGCAAACCCCAUCCUCAGCAAAGGACAACACGCGCUCUCAGAGCUCAAGAGUGGCAUCGCGAACAAGCAGCAUGACAAAGAGGUCAAGAAAAACGUCGUCUCCAACAACCCUCUCCUCAACCCCGAUGGAACCAAGAUGAGCCUUCUUGACCGGCUCCGACUCAAACAAUUGGCCAAAGCCAAUGAGCCACUCCCUCCCUCAGGUCCCGAGCUUCAGCGUCGCGCAGCUCUCAACCGCGUGGGCGAUAUUGCAGCAACUAUUUCCAUGUUAACUCUGUCAAAUCCUAUGUCUCUACCACGACAGGCCUUCACGAUGGCGGUCAUUCUCGAGAAGCUCAAGGAUUCUCUUCGGAUGCCAGUAUCAAAGGAGGAGGGCGCAGCUUGUGUGCGCUUGAUUGCGAGUGAGGUCGCCCCAGAGUGGCUGCGUAUCGUUACUAUAGGGGGCAGGGAAAAUGUGGUCGUUCAACGCAACAACCAACCUGUUGAUCGGAUACUACAGGAUCGUGUACAGAAGCUGUUGGGUUAA